AUGACUUCGUUCAUCCCCCCGGACGGCUUUGAACCCCUGUCUCCCUCCUCUGACUCUUCCUCCCCUGAAGAUUCCUCAUCAUCGGCCGCGGACACGGCUUCCUUUGCCCGGCCACCACUCGCCACCGCCGCACUCAUCUCACCCAACCGUCCCUGGGCAUGGGCGCUCAUCCCGGUAGGGCUCAUCAUCAGCCUGUGUACACUCGCCGUUUGCGUGCACACUACUCGGAAGCGGCGACGCCAACGCCGGCGCACCCACGGUCACCAUCACAGUACUAGUAACCAUCAACAGCAACCACGUUCCAAUCCAGGCUUCUUCCCACCAUCCUUUCAUGUUCCUUCAGGCUCCCACUCCCAUUCCCAAUCCGGUGGCACUGGCACUGGCAGUGGCAGUGGUAGUGGUAAUGAGCGAGACCUCGAAGAUCAAGAAGCCCUCUGGCUGCUCCCAGCCCAGCCCCCGCCCGCUCUCACCACGACGUCAUCAGCCUCAGCCUCAACCUCAACAGCGGCACUUCGGGAUGUGGAUGUAACUCCUCGGUUAGGCGGGGGAGGGGGUGGGGGAGGGGGUGGGGGAGGAGGUGGUGGUUUAGGAUUCCGACCGGACUGGCAGUGGCCUGGGGCGUGGCAGUGGCACUCAGGAUGGCAAGCACCGCAGCCUGAGGAGGGAUUCAACGAGCUGGGGGAGGCUCCGCCGCCUUAUGAGCAGCCAAAAAUGAAGAACAAUUUGAAUUUCCCCCCGGAGGACUCGGACCUUCUCCCACAUCAGCCUCAGUCUUCUUAUUCUUGGUGCUGUCCGCCUCCGCCUCCGCCUCCGCCUCCGUUUCCUGAAUCAUCAUCAUCAUCAUCAUCUUCUUCUUCUUCUUCAGAAUUGUCACCUCAACAGCAGCAGCAGCAGCAGCAGCACCCAGAACACGAGAACAGCUUCGCCGCGGCAGUGGAGCUGGAGCCGGGUGCUGACCGUGCUAGUAGGGUGUCUGAGACUCAGACCGAGACCGAGACCGAGACCGGGGCCGUGGCUGGUGGAGGACUACGACCACUACCACACAGCGCGGGCUUGGGAGAAGGAGGAGGAAGUGGACGAGGAGGGGUGAAUCACGGUCCGGGAGAGCGGUUGACAAACCCCCCAUUUUUGACUGGAGAAGACAACGAUGGCGAACAGGAUGAUGAGAGAGGAGGGGUCACGGUUGCGGCCCUGUCUCUGACGGUAUUGUCGCGGCGAGAAGACGAGGGAGACUUGUUGGAAGAGGGGCCCGGGCAAAACCAGGAACAGGAACAGGAACAGCACCCAAGGAUGAACCGGGGUGCCCAGCGGGAUAGAACCGGUGUGCGGACACCAUCGGCCAUGUUGCCGCCGGAUUACGAAGAUGCAGCGGCGGCGAUCGUGAGGGAGACGCCGGGGCAGCCACGGCCGGGAUCGUCGUGA